AGGCUGAGAGCAUCGCUCAAGUAGUGCUAGACGUGUCCUGCCUUAUACUACAGCUGAAAAUUGACUCAGCCAUUCGCUGAGGCUUCCUCGCAACAGCAUCCUGUACGAGAGGCUUGCAUCUGUCACAGAAGCAUGUUAGCUGUAGCAAGCAUCAAGAGGGCCAAUACUUAACAGAUCCAUUCUCUCACUGAUGGAUAUAAGCUAUCGUUGAGUUAACAAUAUCGGCGAGAAGCUUAAUUUUGACUUAAUAACUUGUGGACAUUACACUAACAACGGGAUUCAAUCAGGUGUGACGUGUUGAAGUGAUCUGGCCAGGUUGUGCAUGGUGAUCAGUUGAUGCCACUUGAGUGACAGUUUGAUUGGGACCAAGUGUGAUUAAGUGGCAUUGUUUGCUGAAGUCGGAAGCAUCUAAACAGAACAAUGGGAAAUAAAUCUUCAAGCAAGAAGCUGCCCAAGGAGGAUUUGGAAUUCUUGGUAAACAACACAAAAUUCUCGAAAACAGAGAUAAAAGACUGGUACCGUGGAUUCAUGAAAGACUGUCCGGACGGAUUAUUAUGUAAGAGUAAAUUCUUGGAUGUGUACUCAACAUUCUUUCCCACCGGCACUCCGGACACGUUUUGUGAACAUGUGUUCCGAUCGUUUGACAAAGACAACAGUGGCAAGAUAGAUUUCAAGGAAUUUCUACUGGCGAUUAACAUUACAUCUGGCGGAAACCCAGAGGAUAAAUUAAACUGGGCCUUUAAUAUGUACGAUAUAGAUGGCAAUGGAUCUAUUGAAAAGAAAGAAAUGGUAGAAAUUAUUGCGGCUAUCUACAACAUGCUGGGGAACGCCUUGUGUGGACAGGAGACAGACACCCCAGAGGACCGCACAGAAAAGAUAUUCGAUAAAAUGGACGAAAACAGUGACGGUGUAUUAAGCAAGAAGGAAUUCAUCGAAGGAUGUAUGAAAGAUCAAUUUUUAUAUCAAAUGCUGACAGCAGAUGCAGCCGGAAACCAAUAGUUACAAGUUAACUCCGUGUUGGAUUACAUUACCAUGUACAGUUUUAUAAAUCUCCAUAUAAUAUAUCUCAACUGUUUCAGCAUUUUCAUUUUUUUUAAACAUUUUGUUUUGUUUUUGUAUGAAGAAUUAUCCUCUUUAACCGAAGUGGCUUGUUACAUACAAAAAAGUGGAUUUUUUGUACACAUACAAUUUUAUUCAUAUGUGUGCAUUCAUUUCAUAAUUGAUAUUUGAAGUUAUGAAUUUAUAAGUGUCAAGUCAAACUUUUAAAAACAAUUGAUUUCCUGAUAUCUUUAAGAUUCUGCUUUUAAUUAUAUAGUCAUAAAACUAGAAAAUUUGUUAAAAACAAUUUUUUUUUUAAAUGGAGAUAUGAAAUUCUUAUGAAAUGUGAUAUUAUAUAAUAGAAUUUUAGCUCAUGGCAUCAAGAUGUAUGUAUCAUAUAUUGGUAACAGGAAGAAGGUAACGCAUGAUGAAAAAUUACGGAAUGGUUAUAAAGUGUUGAUCAUUAGUUUUGUCAAAGAGGAGAGUUUGUCCAGCAGGUGGUGUUUGUGGAGUGAGGUUAACUCAUUCACCCCUGAAGACACAUUUGAACUCUUCCAAUUCAAUGGUUGGAAUAGUUAAUUAUGAAAUUUCUGGGGUGAAUGAGUUAAUCAGUUUGUAAUUAAGAUUUAAAAGUGUGAUGUAUCACUUUGUGAAGUGUACACAUUGUACCCGGUCCAGAUAUUUUCCUUCAUUUAGUCCGACUCGCACAGGAGUGAGGCACCAUCAGACAUCUGUCCUGUCUUGACUCAGUUUAAUUGCUCACCAUUAAUGCUGGUAUUCAGUUUAAUUGCUCACCAUUAAUGCUGGUAUCCAUCUAAAAUAAAGAAAACCCUGAAAUGACAGA